GGCUGUAUUCAACGGAGGAUCCUUCAUAUGCGCAUUCAUGCCGGAAUAACUGUGGAAUUCAUUUUGGCACGUGUUCAUGUACAUACUCCUGUCAGGACAAUAGAAACUGCUGCUAUGACUAUGACAACUACUGCUCAAUGACCUCGCUGGAUACAACAGGUUUUCCCUCCUGCAGGUACAACUGUGGAUACAACAUCGGCAGCUGCUCAUGCAACUACAACUGUCAUAACUAUGGCAACUGUUGCCCUGACUACGACAACUACUGCUCUAUGACAACUGACUGGCCAGCUACAACAGAUUUCCCCUCCUGCAGGUACAACUGUGGAUACAACCUCGGCAGCUGCUCAUGCACCUACAACUGUCAGUCCUAUGGCAACUGUUGCCCUGACUACGACAACUACUGCUCUAUGACAACUGACUGGCCAGCUACAACAGGUGCACAUGACUUUCUUAUCUGUCUUUCGGAUUCAAACUGUCCCUGGUUUCCUGGGUGAUGUGGAAAGCUGAUAUUCAUACAUCACAAACAUAUUAAUGGAUUUUGUAGUCACAUGUAUUAAUGGUUUUGUGGAUAAUAUGUGUUUCUCCCUCCAGAUUUCCCCUCUUGCAGGUACAACUGUGGAUACAACCUCGGCAGCUGCUCAUGCACCUACAACUGUCAGUCCUAUGGCAACUGUUGCCCUGACUACGACAACUACUGCUCUAUGACAACUGACUGGCCAGCUACAACAGAUUUCCCCUCCUGCAGGUACAACUGUGGAUACAACCUCGGCAGCUGCUCAUGCACCUACAACUGUCAGUCCUAUGGCAACUGUUGCCCUGACUACGACAACUACUGCUCUAUGACAACUGACUGGCCAGCUACAACAG